CACCUUCAGAGCCCUUAAGAGGAACACACACACACACACACACACACACACACACACACAUAUGCGCACACACACACGCGCACGCUCUCUCCUUUAGUGAAAGUCAGGGCGCGAGCAUGGCGCAGGGGCACACCGCACCGCGCGCCUUUCUGAAGUUUAAUCGGAUCGACCUGUAGACUAGUGCAUAUGUGUGUGUGUGCGUGAGUGUGUGUGUGCGUGAGUGUGUGUGUGCGUGAGUGUUGGUGUGUGUUUGUGUGUGUGUGUGUGUGAGUGUGUGUGUUCUGUCCCGAUAUGAAGCGGAGCUCAGCGCUCGGGUGGCUGCUCUUCUGGACUUUAUUUUCCGCGGGACUGUUAAACCGGGAGAAACCGAAACACUGCAGCAAGGACGAGACGAGAGAGCUGAACUCCUUCCUGUGGACUGUAAAACGUCCUGCCCCUCAGCCGCCCUCCUACCUGUUCGGCACCAUCCAUGUUCCGUACACACGCGUCUGGGAUUUUGUUCCCGAGAGCUCGAAGCGAGCCUUCCAGAGCAGCACGAGUGUGUUCUUCGAGCUCGACCUCACUGACCCCGUCACCGUGUCCAAGCUGGCCAGCUGUCAGCUCUUACCUAAUGGCGAGAGCCUGAGGAGUCUGCUGCCCCGGGACAUCUACCUCCGGCUGAAGCGCCACCUGGACUACGUGAGGCACAUGAUGCCGGCGUGGGUGAGGGCCGAGCAGCGAUUCUACGCCGACUACCUGUUCAAGGCCAUCGCCGGAGACUGGGAGCGCAAGCGGCCGGUCUGGGUGAUGCUGAUGGUCAACUCACUGACGGAGUGGGACGUGAGGUGGAGAGGAGCUCCGGUGCUCGACCUGUUCCUCGCCCGCGAGGCUGAGCGCAUGGGCAAGAAGACCGGAGCUGUGGAGGACGUGGAGGAGCAGUGCCACCCACUGAAUGGUCUCAGCUUCUCCCAGGUUCUGUUUGCUCUGAAUCAGACCCUGCGGCAGCAUGAAGGAGUGCGUGAGGGAAGUGUUCAGGGUCCCUUCACCACCGAGGACCUGAUCACACACUACAACUGUGGAGACCUGAGCUCCAUCAUCUUCAACCAUGACACCUCACAGCUCCCUCACUUCCUGAACAGUUCUCUGUUGGAUCACGAGCGCUCCACGGCGCAGCAGAUCGACAGCUACCUCCGUCAGGAGCUCAUCUAUAAGCGAAACGAGCGAAUGGCGCGCCGUGUCUCCGCCCUCCUUCAGCAAAGCCCCGCCCAGAGCUUCUUCUUCGCCUUUGGCGCCGGUCACUUCCUGGGCAACCACAGUGUCCUGGACAUCCUGCGGCAGGAGGGUUAUGAUGUGGAACACACACCGGCCCAGGAGCUGGCUACAUCGAGCUGGCCAGAGACGGAAGGUACCACUGUGACACAGAGCGGGGGAGGUCCCGAGCCGGUGACCGAAGGGACGUCAGAGCCUCCUGAGGCAGAAGAGGAGCUGCCCCACCUGCUGGAGCCAGAUAGUCUGAGUCAGCUGGAGGAGUUCGGGAGACACCAGCGCCCCCGAAAGGCCCAGAAGCCUCACAGCAGACAGAGGCUCUUCAGCGACCUGUGGGUGCGAAUCGGAUACAGCACGACUUCACUUCCGAGCAUCCCGAGAACCGACGACUUCCUGACAACGAGAACGUCGCUGAAGCUGCAGGAAGAUCAGCAGAGAAAAAGAUCGUGGCUCAGUCAUCGACAGGAGACCCCGCCCCCUAGGGGCAUAGCCACGCCCACUCCUGGCUGCACGCUGACUUUCUUGCUCACGUGCCUUCUCACACAAGUGCUGCUGCGCUUCACGUCUUGACCGCAAGAGGGAGCCAAAAGCACGAUUCUCACACACACACACACACACACACACACACACACACACUAUAAACAACAUAGAUUGUUUUUGCCUUAAUGUCAGAUGUAAUUUUACAUAUAUAUAUAUA